AUGAGGAUUUUUUUCCGCUACCAGAUGUUUAGAGUCAUCUGGCUCACCAAGCCAUCUGGCCGGCACCUUCACAGAGAUCACCAGCUUUGGGCACCUCUGACUCUUGCUGACUUUGAAGCCAUACAUCGCUGUGACAAGUCCUUGCCUAAGAAUUUUAACUUUGCUGGGGAUGUGCUGGACCAGUGGUCCCAAAAAGAGAAGACAGGGGAAAGAUCAGCCAACCCAGCCCUGUGGUGGGUGAAUGGCAAAGGGGACGAGGUGAAAUGGAGCUUCGAAGAACUGGGCUCCUUGUCCCGAAAGGCUGCCAAUGUGCUCACCGAGCCCUGCAGCCUGCAGAGAGGAGAUCGCGUGGCCGUGAUCCUGCCCCGAAUCCCAGAGUGGUGGCUCGUAAAUGUGGCUUGCAUGAGAACAGGGCUAGUUUUCAUGCCAGGAACAACCCAGCUAACAGCAAAAGACAUCCUCUAUCGGCUGCAAGCAUCCAAGGCCAAAUGCAUUGUGGCCAGUGAGGAGGUGGCCCCGGUAGUGGAGUCCAUUGUAUCAGAGUGUCCCGACCUGAAGACCAAACUCCUGGUGUCUCCACACUGCCGAAACGGGUGGCUCAGCUUCCAGGAGUUGUUUCAAUCUGCCUCUGAAGAGCACAACUGUGUGGAGACAGGAAGUCAAGAACCAAUGGCCAUUUACUUCACCAGUGGGACCACAGGCUCUCCCAAGAUGGCCCAGCACUCUCAGAGCAGCCUUGGCAUUGGGUAUACCCUUUGUGGAAGAUAUUGGCUAGACUUGAAGUCCUCAGAUAUCAUAUGGAACAUGUCCGACACGGGCUGGAUCAAGGCCGCCAUUGGCAGUGUGUUUUCUUCCUGGCUUCAGGGAGCUUGUGUUUUUGUGCAUCAGAUGGCCCAGUUUGACACUGACAUCUUCCUAGAUACGCUUACCACUUAUCCCAUCACGACGCUGUGCAGCGCUCCCACUGUGUACCGGAUGCUUGUGCAAAAAGACCUGAAGAGAUAUAAAUUCAAGAAGCUGAGGCACUGCUUGACAGGAGGGGAGCCACUCAACCCAGAGGUGCUGGAACAGUGGAAGGCGCAAACUGGGCUGGAGCUGUAUGAGGGCUACGGACAGACAGAAGUGGGAAUAAUUUGUGCCAAUCAGAAAGGACAGGAAAUUAAACCAGGCUCAAUGGGGAAAGGAAUACUACCCUACGAUGUCCAGAUUAUAGAUGAAAAUGGCAAUAUCCUACCACCUGGCAAAGAAGGAGAAAUUGCCCUUAGACUAAAGUCUACAAGGCCCUUCUGUUUCUUCUCUGAAUAUGUGGACAAUCCAGAGAAAACUGCUGCCACCUUAAGAGGAAAUUUUUAUGUCACUGGAGACAGAGGAGUGAUGGACAGUGAUGGGUAUUUCUGGUUUGUUGGCAGAGCUGAUGACGUCAUUAUAUCCUCUGGGUACCGUAUUGGGCCAUUUGAAGUGGAGAGUGCACUAAUUGAGCACCCAGCAGUGGUUGAAUCUGCUGUUGUCAGUAGCCCAGAUCCAAUCCGAGGAGAGGUGGUGAAAGCUUUCAUUGUCUUGUCUGCACCCUUUAAAUCCUUCAAUCCAGAAAAAUUAACUCUUGAGCUUCAGGAUCAUGUGAAAAAAUCAACUGCACCUUACAAAUAUCCAAGAAAGGUGGAAUUUGUGCAAGAACUCCCAAAGACCGUCACUGGGAAAAUCAAACGCAACGUUCUAAGAGACCAAGAAUGGAGACGAACAUAG